AUGAGCGACGACGAGCUGUUUGCGGCUGCGGCCCCAGGCUUGCGCCUGUUCGGGCUGGCCGACGCGCUGCAGGCGUGGGCCAAGCCCGCGCGCGCCGCGGGCGGCGGCGGCGCGGCCGCCGGCGCGGGCGGCAGGGGCGGCGGCGGCUGGGCGCGCGCGAUGGCGCAGCAGCUGGCGGACCUGCGCGCCUGCGAGGAAGGUGCGGGGCAGCUGCUCGAGCGGCUGGAGGAGGCGGAGGAGGCGGCGGACACGCAGGAGGCAUUGGAUGUGAUCAGCGCCCUCGGCCUUGCGCUUGGCCAGCCGGCUAGCGGGGGCCCGCCGUGCACCAGCGCGGCGGAGUGGCUGCGGCGCGUCGCGUGCGGUGGCGGCGGCGGCGGGGGUGACGGGGGUGGCAAUGCUGCCGCGACCGCGGGGCCGCUCGCGCGGGCAGGUGGCGGCGUGGCGGCGCCGUAG